AUGACCAUGAUGAUGACAAACUCACAGUUUGGCCUGGAAGACAUGGAGGCCCUUCUCUGGGAGCCUUCCUCUCCCAUGGCUGACCACAUGGAUCUCAUGUCUUUCCGCCCUGACGAAGAAGAACAGCAGAAAGGAGGAGGAUUGUCACUUGAGGGGGACACCUCACCCGUCUCCCCUCUCGCCUCCUCGUCACCGUCUUCUUCCUCCUCUCCUCCUCCCUUCUACUCUCCCCCUCCUUCGCCGCUGGCCGCCCUCCUCCCUGGGGACAAAGCCGGGGCCGAGUCUGACCUGCUCUCCCUCCCGUGGUUGGGUGACCCCAGUCAGCUGAGGCAGUCAGUCUCAGAUGACGGCAAAGGUGAUAAAGAUGUAAAAUAAAACAUCCAAAAAAGUGGAGUGUUUAUAGAAAAUGUCACGUGUUUCCUGCAACAGUUAUUUAUAAAAAUGCUUUGUUUACAUCCACAGAGGAUAUGUUUGGUGACUUUGACUGGAUGGCAGAGAGAGUGGACCUGAGCGAGUUCGACCUGGACUCUCUGAUUGGCUCCUGCAGCCCUCAUGAUGAGUCCCCCAGCUCUCCAGAAGACCUCUUGUCCUCCCUGGAUUGCCCCAUGGAGCUUGAAUCCCUCCCUGUGUCCACCCCUGAGAGUUUCCCUGCUGCCCCUCCUCAAAGUCUGCCUCCCCCUCCCUCCCCUCCUGUCUCUCCAGAGCCUCUUACCAUCAUAGUAGAUGAGCCUGAAUCCUGCAUUGAUGACCAGGAUGUCCCCUCCUCUCCUUUGGUUGUCCCUGAGCCACAAGAGGAGCUUGAAAUCAAAUCUGAGCCCGCUUCCCCAGACCCAUCCUCCCCUGCCUACACCCUGGACCUGGGCAGUGAAGUGGACGUCUCAGAGAGCGAGGUGAAACCUGUAAUCACUCCUGUUGUCCCUCAAGUUCAGAGGCUUGUCCUCUCUCUUUCCCCGACUCGCAUCGUCCUCGUGCUUGCCCCCAAAAAGGAAGUCUCCAUCGCCACGGUAGCCACUACAUCCUCCCCUCUACCAAAACCCUCCAGAAGCAGACCCUACCCUGAGCCGACGUACACCGCCAGUCCACCCUCAAACAGUGCAGCCGGCGUCAGACUAAAAGGUGCAAGUGGAGAAGAAAAGGUUUCUUUUAAGGCGCCAAAGGCCAAGAAACUGAAGAAGAUGGAGCAGAAUAAGACUGCGGCCACCCGUUACAGGCAGAAGAAGAGAGCCGAGCAGGACGCGCUUCUGGAAGAGCACACAGUGCUGGAGAGGAAGAACAUGGAGCUGAAGGAGAGGGCUGAGUCAAUGGCAAGGGAGAUCGAGUACCUGAAGGAGCUGAUGGAGGAGGUCCGCACCGCCAGGACCACGAAAGGUCUCAGCGCUGACCCCUAG